UGGCCUUGCAGAAUUGCAGACCGACACAGACCACGAAGCACAUUGUUAUACAUACGACAUAUAGCUCCUUCUUGCAUUUAAAAUUUGUUGACAUCCAUUAAAAUGGUAUGUAAAUCACCCAUCCCCUGGGCAGCAUGAGCAAGAAGCUGACAGUUUCGACCAGGGGGAACACACCGCACCCCACGCCGAAGCAUCGACCUUCAAAGAAGGCGUCUCCAGGGCAGAUGCCUACAAGCAGGUUCUAGAGCAGAUGAAGGGCCUCAUGGAAGGCCAAAGGAACUGGGUCUGCAACCUCGCAAACGCCUCCUCCCUCCUCUGGCACGCCUACAAAUCUCUCCCCGCCCCCCUAAACGAAGUAAACUGGACCGGCUUCUACGCCCUCGACCGCACCACCCCCUCCCAGCUCAUCCUCGGCCCCUUCCACGGCCAAGUCGCCUGCCAAACCAUCGCCUUCACGCGCGGCGUGUGCGGCUACGCUGCCACGCACAAGACUAUCCAGGUCGUCAAUAACGUUGAGGCGUUUCCGAACCACAUUGCCUGCGACGGCGCGACGAAGAGCGAGGUUGUGGUGCCGCUGUUGGUGGAUGGUGAGGUGGUCGCGGUGCUGGAUGUCGAUUGUGCGGUGCUGAGUGGGUUUGAUGAGGAGGAUGCGCUGGCACUGUAUGAGUUGGCGGAGCUGCUGGCGAAGGGGUGUGAUUGGUAAGUAUGGAUCUUGGAUAUGGAACGAACUUAAAAGUGGAAUUGGCGAAUGGAUGAGGUGGUCAUAUGCUAUGGUAUCUCGACGAUGCUACAGAUGACUUAGAUCGGAACUAGAUAUCAAUUCAUACGAUGAAUUUGAUACGAAUCAUUUGGUUAAACAUAUUUCUUUCGUUAAAUGGAUUGAAUUAAGUAUAA